UGGCACUGGUUCUUCAAGAUGAUCACGGCCGUGAAGAAGAGGUUCGAGCCCCCCAAGCCCGCCGCCGAGAAGGGGCCGAACGGGGCCGUCUCCUCCGCGGAGGCCACGGGCGCCGGGAAGGCGCUCGGGGCCAUGCGGAAGAGGCGGAGCACCAUCGAGGGGAUGGUGCCCGACAGCGAGGAGUUGCGGGAGGGUACGAUUCAGUGAGCAGGCAACAGAGGAAUUUUUUCCGAAUUUGCCUGUUUUAUUUUCAUUUUUACGUGAUAAUUCGGUUGGGCUGGCGUGGUAGUCGGGUGAUUGUGAUGCCCUCACGUGUCGUUUUCUAGCGUCGCCUGUUGGGCCUCAUUUGACCGCCAUGUCUCACUAUGGCUCAGCAGCGACUGAACAGUUGCAUUGUGUCUGUGUCCAACCUGUGGCGUCUCUCUAGGGUUAUCAGCAUCGGUGGAGUCGAGCACAGGUUUUAUCUUGGGAAACAUGUUUGGGGUAAUGGUUGUUUACAAGCAUGCAGUUCUGCAGACGCAGACCACCAUAUUCCAAGAAGGUUACAUUAUGCAAAUCAGCGCUGCCAAAUGCUUACACACGCUGACAUGCUCGACAAUUACAAAACCACCGCCAUCGUCAUACCACACCGCCCGGCCAAACCCCUGCCUGGCCCACAGCCCAACUACCCCUUCCCAGUGCCUGUCCGGAACACGGGAACCUACCCCCCUCUCCCCCCUGAAUCGACCGACGCACUCACUCACUCCUUGACAAUGCCCGUGAGUCCGUUUGUGACACCGCCAACGGCGCCAACGCCACUGGCGGCGCCGCCGGCGCCGGCGAGCAGGCCCUUGAGGGCGUCGGCGACGCUGCCGAGGCCGGUCGUGUCGGCCGAGUUGCCGGCGAGGCCCUCGAGCUGCGCCGUCAGGUCAUCCAGGCUGGUGGCGCCCUUGAUGAGAUCGGUGAGGGUGUCGAGCCUGGGUUGGGUUGGGUUGGGUGGGUCAGUGAGGGAUCUCAGAAGAUGAUGUUUCCAUGGCACCUGGGGGUAUGUAUAACUCACUGGCGAGCC